AUGCAGAAAUCCUGUCUGUGUGAUUUUCUACAUGGCCCGUUAACAAAUGCCUACGCCAUUGUACAAAUCAAGGAGGCAUUACAGGGAUCCGAGGAAAAGCAAGUGGAAAUUUUAUAUUACAAGAAGGAUGGUAGCAAAUUCUUGGCUAGUAUACUUGUGGCACCAGUUAAAAAUGAACAUGGUGAUAUUAUUAUGUUCAUUAUCAAUUUUGAAGAUAUUACUGAUGCACCAUCCAAAACAGAAUUUAAGAACUUUAAAAUUAGUCGACACAAAAGUUUCAAAUUACGGCUACCAUCUAUUCGAAAGGAUUUUCGGUCUCCAAAAAGUAUCAAUGGCCUUCAAGAUCCUGAAAAUCCUCCAAUUCCAGAAGAAUCUGUUCCUCUCAACCAGAUUUCUACUCCAGAUUCAAGCUUUCCUCUUAAUAUAUCACCUACCAGGAGGAAAGCUGACAGUCUACCCUCAGAUUCUAGCAGUUUACUUGAACCUAAAACUCACUUAGAAGAUAAUGCUGACCUCAGAAGAGCUUCAUCAUUAGAAGGAUUGAAUCAGAAUCGACAUCUUGACCAGGAUGGUAAAGCUCGGACAAAUAGCGAGCCCCCUUUGGCUAACCAUGUAAAAUCCAAUUUUACUGGCCAAGCAUCGAGUGAUUCAGAGCUAGCAAAGUAUAAAGCUAAGGCACAAGAAGACAGUAUUGGAAAUUUAGUUGAUGGUAAAAAAGAUAUCGAUGGUGUGCUGUCUACAACAAAGCUCUUACCCAAUGUUCAGAACAUGAGACAAAAUGUUACUGAAAAAUUAGGUCUCAUAUUCAGGCGUGGUGUCAAAAAUGGAACAAGUGGAGUCGAUGAGGUCCUUUCGCUUGGUGCUGAUGUCCUUCCUGAAUAUAAGUUACAAUCAUCCCGUAUACACCGAUGUACCAUUCUUCAUUACUCUCCUUUCAAAGCAGUUUGGGAUUGGAUUAUUCUACUUCUUGUUAUCUACACAGCUAUUUUUACCCCCUAUGUUGCUGCAUUUCUUUUAAGUGAAGAACGUAAAAAAGACUCUCAAAGUGUGCAAAACCGCUACCAGGAUCCCCUUACAAUUAUAGACCUCAUUGUGGAUGUCAUGUUUAUUAUUGACAUUCUUAUCAAUUUCCGUACCACAUAUGUAAAUAAAAAUGAUGAAGUGGUCAGUCACCCAGGAAAAAUUGCCGUGCAUUAUUUUAAAGGAUGGUUCCUCAUUGAUGUUGUCGCAGCAAUCCCAUUUGAUCUGCUGCUAUUUGGUUCUGAAACAGAUGAGACAACAACUUUAAUUGGUUUGCUAAAGACUGCACGCCUGCUUCGACUGGUACGAGUAGCACGGAAACUUGACCGGUAUUCUGAAUAUGGUGCUGCAGUUCUAAUGUUACUUAUGGCAACAUUUGCUCUCAUCGCCCACUGGCUGGCUUGUAUUUGGUACGCCAUUGGCAACGUCGAGCGGCCCCACCUACGGCAUCCUGUUGGUUGGCUGGAUGAACUGGCCAAACAAACUCAACAGUAUUAUUCACCUAAUAAAACUCACAGUGGUCCUACAACCAAAUCCAAAUAUGUGACUGCUCUUUACUUCACAUUUAGUAGCCUCACCAGUGUAGGAUUUGGCAAUGUAUCUCCAAACACAAACUCAGAGAAAAUCUUUUCAAUAUUGAUAAUGCUGAUUGGGUCUCUUAUGUACGCAAGUAUCUUCGGUAAUGUUUCUGCAAUUAUCCAGCGUUUGUACUCAGGAACAGCUCGCUAUCACACACAAAUGCUUCGGAUUAAAGAGUUUAUCCGUUUUCACCAAAUUCCCAACCCUCUACGUCAGCGGCUUGAGGAAUACUUUCAACAUGCCUGGUCUUAUACAAAUGGUAUAGACAUGAAUAUGGUUUUAAAAAGUUUCCCAGAAUGCCUUCAAGCUGAUAUUUGUCUACAUUUAAACCGAAACCUGCUCAGCAAUUGCCCAGCAUUCCAAGGAGCGAGCCCUGGUUGUCUGAGAGCGUUAUCAAUGAAAUUCAAAACCACACAUGUUCCACCUGGUGAUACAUUGGUACAUCGAGGGGAUGUACUUACUGGAUUGUUUUUUGUAUCAAGAGGUUCAAUAGAGAUACUUAAAGAGGAUAUAGUUGUUGCUAUUUUAGGAACUGAUGAUGUUUUUGGAGAGAAUCUUUGCAAACACGUGACUAUUGGAAAAUCAAGUUGUAAUGUCCGUGCUUUAACUUACGGUGAUCUCCACAAGAUUAACCGUGAUGAUCUGUUAGAUAUCCUUGACAUGUACCCAGAAUUUGCUGAGAGUUUUACUAAUAACUUGGAAAUAACAUUUGAUUUAAGAGAUCACGAAUUGGUUGUGAAAAUGCCUCCUGAAGAAAUGGAAUUAGAAUAUGCUAAAAGACCAUAUUACAGAAAUCGCUUCUAUAAAGAAAAAAUUCUUCAGGACAAUUUAGAAAAGUCGCUAAAUCGAUCAAGUCCAGAAGUUGAUGUACCUCUUUCUUUUGAGUCAAGCGAUGAAGAAAUCAGAGAGAGUGGAGCAGGAAUUUUAGAAUUUUCACCUGCCAAAGCAGGCCAAGAUGUAACUCCAGCCAAUUUUGACUUUCAGCCUAGGGAUAAAGAAAAGAAGCAAAGUUCAGGAUUUCCAUAUAUUGCAGGAGCGCUGUCAAGUGUAAAUACUCUGGUCAAUGUAGUGACAGGACGACAUGACUCAACUAAAAAGAGCCAAGAAACUGCUCCUUUACUCCAAGAACAAAGUGCUAGUCCAGAAACACAGCAUAAAGUCACAUCAUCUUCAAGUGUCCCCAAAUCCACAUCCAGUAUGACUUUACCAGUAUCAACAUCAUCAAGCCAUUCACAGUUUGAUGAACAUCAGGUCCCCGGUCGUGGAGGAGGAGGAGUUGAAGUUCAACCUGUCAUGAUUGGACAAUCAAGUCCAAUGGAAGUGGAAAGAAGAUUGGAAGAUAUGACUCGCCAGCUGUGUCGUUUGGAAAAAAAGAUGAGCUCAGACAUAUCAAUUAAUCCUUCUGAACAUUUUCAUUUUUACCAAUAUUCAACUGCUGCAGUAGCAGCACCUGCCUCUCACCUGAACAACAACCACAACCUCAGCAGACAGACUCUACUGUGGGUAGCAGCAGUGGAACCCAAGAUGAUGAUGUAUUCCAGUUCCCACCACCACCUCCUCCUUAUUCAAGUGACGUUCAGGAUUCAUAGUGAGUUAUACAUUAUAACUCUUUCCUGCAGAUGA